AUGCCGCCAGUGUCGCCAAAAGCACACCACCGGCCCCAUAGACACGCUUGUUCGCGCUGUGCAAGUCGAAAGAUACGUUGCGAUCGCGACAACAGAAAUGAAACAUGCACCAAUUGUGUCAAGGCACAUGUCACCUGUGCAAACGAUGUUGUCGACAAUAAACCCUCUCGGCCGCGAAAAAGGGCGGCGAAUGAGAGUGUAUACGACCAAUUGGCGCGGUAUGAGGGUCUCCUAAGGAAACACCACAUCGAACUUGGUCGAACGCAUACAUGGGUGCCGUCAGAGCUGGAGGCUAACAUCAGAGGACAAACUCGAGCGAACGCCCCGGAGACUCCAAGUUCAGUGGCCAGCGGUACAAACAUGCAGUUCGAAGCUAGCCCUGCUGAUCGUCGGCCUUCUCAAAAGAUUCCUUCGGGACGUGUAUUGGAGCCGGCCGAUGGUCACCAUUGGUCUUCAGAAACACAGAUUGCAGAUCUCGAACGAUGUCUCUGGUCCGAUCUGAGCCCAGAGCUCAAACAUCCUCCUGUACAAGUUCUACGCCACAAAGAAGACCCGUUAUUCCUUCCAGGACCAACACUGGACUCGGUAUGCUCCAGUAAUGCCCACACCGACCUCAAAGACUUACAUCCAGAACCACGACACAUUUUCCGAUUCUGGCAAAUCUUCGUUGAGCGCGUCAAUCCCCUCUCCAAGAUCGUCCACGUACCCACACUACAGCAGCGUAUGCUAGACGCAAGCUGGGAUCUGAGCGGCGUCUCAAAACCGCUCAACGCGAUACUCUUUGCCAUCUACACUCUCGCCGUAACGUCACUGACUUCCGCAGAAUGCCAGUCCUCCUUCGACGAGUCCAGAGACGUGCUGCUGUCACGCUACCGACAUUCUGCACUCCGUGCACUCAUGGCAGCCGAGUUCUUGACGAGCCGAGAUUUUGAGGUUCUCCAAGCAUUCGUCCUGUUCCUCCUUGCGAACCCAGAGUCAGAGCUCACGUGCACUUUGACCGCCGCGGCUAUCAGAGUUGGCCAGACGAUGGGUCUCAACCGUGCUUCCACGGACGGUAAAAUCUCAUUCUUCGAACAGGAACUGCGCAUUAGGCUAUGGUGGCGGCUGAUAGGACUUGACAGCAAGACUCGCUCCGUCGCCAGACCACCACUCUCAGAACUAGGCGACAUUCGACUUCCGCUCAAUGUCAAUGACGCAGACUUGCAUCCAGACAUGGUCGGGCCUCCCGCCGAGCACAGCACGCCUACCGAGAUGAUGUGCGUACUAAUGAAGUACGAAGUCGCGCGUUGGCUCCGCACAUCCCCGACGGCAACUAAGGUUUUCGAGAACAUCUUCCAGGGCCACCAGGCGAACGGUCAGAGGUCCAGGCAGCUCGAAGAGGAGGCAAUCAGCGAACUCGAUGCCAUGUAUCACGCGAAGUUUCUCGACCACUGCGACCCGCGCGUGCCUCUCCAUGGACUCACGUACGCCAUGGCGAAGCUCGGCAUUGCGCGCAUGCGCUUCAUCGUCCUCCAUCCUCGUGUGCGCGCCGUUGUCGGCCCCGACGGUGCCAGGUCCUACAUGACCCGAGAAGACGGCGACAAGCUCUUCGACGCGGCCGUGGCGGUUAUGGAGUUCGUCGACAUCGGCGUGCGCAGCAACAGCUUCUCGUUGCACCUGUUCACGCACAUGGCGACCACGAGGUUCCAGGCAGAUGUCUACGUCUAUGUCAUAAGCGAGCUCCGGCGACGUGGGUCCGGCGACCGAGUCGAGCUGGCUUGGAAGCUGGUCCAGGCCCUUUACGACGAGCACCCGGAACUGGUUACCGACACGGAGAACACGCUCUUCGCGACCCUGGGAGACUUGACUCUCGAGGCUUGGGAAACACGCAGGAGGCACCUCGCCGGUGCACGUGGCUGUGGUUCAAACAGCACGCCGCCUUCUUUCAUCCAACGGCUCUGGCAAAAACGUCGAGCAGGGGCCGUCGUUGAAGAGCCCGUCCAAUUGACUUCCACUUUGGAUCCUCCUGAUUUCGACAGCCUCGCAUGGACAGGCGACACAGAUUUUGCUUGGGAGAGUUGGACCACCGAUUUCCUGCGCCUGUGA